GCCAUUGGCCCUGGGAGGUGAGCCUCCGGAUGGAGAAUGAGCACGUAUGCGGAGGGGCCCUCAUUAACUCCAGCUGGGUGGUGACUGCUGCCCACUGCAUCCGAGGCACCAAGGAGUACUCGGUGAUGCUUGGCACCUCCAAGCUGCAGCCUAUGAACUUCACCAGGGCCCUCCGGAUCCCUGUGAAGGACAUCAUUAUGCAUCCCAAGUACUGGGGCCAGAAUUUCAUCGUAGGUGAUGUCGCCCUUCUCCACCUUCACACUCCUGUCGUCUUCAACAACUAUAUGCAGCCCAUCUGUCUCCCUGAGCCCAACUUGAACCUGAAGGUUGGGACACAGUGCUGGGUGACCGGCUGGAGCCAGGUUAAACAAAGGUUUUCAGCUGACUCCGUGCUGACCACAGAGCUGCAAGAGGCCGAGGUGUUUAUCAUGGACAACAAGAAGUGUGACCGGAUCUACCACAGGAAGUCCAUCUUCCCCCGAGUUAUCCCCCUUGUCCUGAGGGACAUGGUCUGUGCCACCAACUAUGGAGAAAACUUGUGCAAUGGGGAUUCCGGGGGGCCAUUGGCUUGCGAAGUUGAGGGCAGAUGGAUUCUGGCUGGGGUGUUAUCCUGGGAAAAGGCUUGCGCAAGAGCAGAGAAUCCAGGCGUGUAUACCCGCGUCACCAAAUAUACCAAAUGGAUCAAGAAGCAAAUGAGCAAUGGAGCCCUCGCAGGUCCCUGCGCCUCUGCCUGGUUCCUAUUCCUGUGUUGGCUGCUGCACUUCCGGGUGGGCCCCUGA